CAUAUCCCCAAGCAAGAGCAGAGAGAGCAACCAGGAAGGAAGGAGUAGGCAAGUGUCCCAAGCAACUCGACUCCCCCUUCCCGCCGGCCCUUUUUCCUCGUUUCCUCCGUUUCAAACACCCCCCCCCCCCCCCCCACCCUCCCCGCGCGCCACGCCAGUCUCUCCUCUUCCUCUCGAGAAAGCAGGCGCGCAGCCCGGGGGAAUCGAUAUCCGCCGCCAUGUCCGCGUCGCCGGAGUUCUACAAGCCCGCGCCGCCGGCGUUCUCGCCGUGCAGCUCGCCGCUCCUCCUGCACGGGGCGGGAGGCGGGGCGGGAGCAGCGGAAGAGAGCGCCGCCGCGGCCAUGUGGCAGCAGCAGGAGGAGGACUACCGGUGCCGGACGCCGACGAGCGGGGAGAGCCAGGUGAAGCCGCCCGGGACGUGCCCGCCGGCGCCGCGGAAGCCGCGCGCGCCCGCGGCCCCCGCGCCGUGCCGGAAGCGGCUGUUCGAGGUGGAGGUGUUCAGCCUGCGGCUGGAGGAGCUGGAGCGGCUCUUCUGGCGCCCGCACCCGUCGCCGCCGCCGCCGCCCGCACAGAAGAAGCGCCGGAGGGUGGCCUGCCCGCAGCCGAAGAAGAGGAGCUAGCCCAAUUAGCUAGGUACCACUAGAUGGCAGCAGUAGACCAGUAGUAGAGGGUAGCAGCGGUAGCUAGGUGCAAGGCCAAGUGGUUUUGGCUAUGGUAGGUUUGUUAGGAGUACUGCGUUUUUACUGCUGUACUUGUACUACUACAUCUCUAUAGCUAGUCCUACAUACUUGUACUGGGUUUAGUGUAUGUGAUGAUGAUAGUAUUGUUGUGGCGUCAAGCUAAGGUUUAGUGUGAUAGGCAGGCAGCUCCAUGCCUGAAUCCGCUUCCACAUGUAGCCUGUGUAAUGUGAAGCUCAGUUGUACCACUAGAAUCAUACAGUAUCUCCCUUCCCAGUUCUCAA